AUGCGAGAUUGUCCGCAGAAGAAAGCCUUGAAUGCUAUGAACCGAGAGAAGGAAGAGGAGGCCGACAGGGAAGCAGGAAUGGGGGCCAUUCACCGUUUCAAUGUUGUGCAUGCCAAAGUCGCUCAACCACAAGUUCAAGCCAAAGGUGUGAUGUUCGUCGAUGCCAUGGUGAAUGUCAAGACAACCCGUUGCCUGGUGGAUACAGGUGCCUCGCACAACUUUAUGUCCGUGCAGGAAGCAAAGAGACUUGGGUGUCGAGUCUCGAAGGAAGCAGGCAGUAUGAAGACCGUGAAUUCAACUGCCAAACCGAUUGAUGGAGUAGCUCGUGGUGUGGAGCUACACAUUGCCACUUGGAAGGGAGUAGCUGACUUCUCCGUGAUCUCAAUGGAUGACUACGAUGUCGUGCUAGGAAUGGAGUUCAUGGACAAGGUAAAGGCAUUCCCCAUUCCAUUUUACAAUACUAUGUGCAUUGCACAGGGUGGAGCAAUGCCAUGCAUGGUGCCAGUGAUGGAUAUAGUUAAGAAGGAAGUCCAACCCGUCCCGAAAACUGUGGAGGCAAUCCUUAAGGAGUUUGCAGAUGUCAUGCCCAAGGAGUUGCCCAAAACCUUACCACCUAGGAGAGAGGAAUUGAGGAAGCAGUUGAAGCAGUUGUUGGACGCUGGGUACAUCCAACCGUCCAAGGCCCCUUAUGGUGCCCCAGUUCUUUUUCAGAAGAAGAGAGAAAGGACCCUGAGGUUGUGCAUUGACUACAGGGCGCUAAAUAAGGUGACCAUAAAAAACAAGUAUCCAAUCCCUUUGAUUGCAGAUUUGUUUGAUCAAUUGGGAGGAGCUAGGUACUUCACCAAGUUGGAAUUGCGCUCGGGAUACUAUCAAGUGAGGAUCGCACCUGGAGAUGAACCAAAGACCGCAUGUGUGACGAGAUAUAGGUCUUACGAGUUCCUUGUCAUGCCGUUCGGCUUGACUAAUGCCCAUGCGACCUUUUGCACUCUUAUGAACAAGGUAUUCCAUCCUUUCUUGGACAAGUUUGUUGUGGUUUACAUCGAUGAUAUUGUGGUGUACAGAAAUUCCCUAGAGGAGCAUCUUGAGCACUUGCAGAAAGUCUUCCAAGUUCUGAGGGAGAACAAGCUAUAUGUGAAGAGGGAGAAGUGCUCGUUUGUCCAAGAAGAGGUAGAGUUCCUUGGUCACAAGAUACGGGGAGGACAAUUGCUCAUGGAGGAGGGCAAGAACAAGGCAUGGGAGUGGACGCCCCAAUGCCAGCAUGCCUUCGAUGAGUUGAAGAGGGCACUUAUGGAGGAACCCGUGCUAAGACUUCCUGAUCUUAGAAAACCGUUUGAGGUACACACUGAUGCAUUAGGUUUUGCUAUUGGUGGUGUACUCACGCAGGAUGGACACCCAUUGGCUUUCGAGAGUCGGAAGCUCAAUGACAUGGAGCGGAGGUAUACUGUUCAAGAGAAGGAGAUGACAGCCGUAUCUCAACAAAAGUUGUCACCCAAGCAGGCUAGGUGGCAAGACUUCUUGGCGGAGUUCGACUACAAACUGGAGUACAAGCAAGGAAAGACAAAUGUCGUUGCCGAUGCCCUAAGCAGGAAGGCCGCACUUGCAGCUGUUCUUGUCAAAGAUGGGAAGAAAAGGAGAUUUUGGCUCGACGAUGGCGUUCUUUAUGCAACAGGGAAGAGGAUCUAUGUUCCAAGGUGGGACAAUCUGAGGCGAGAGCUACUGAAGGAGUGUCAUGACUCGAAGUGGGGGGGACAUCCAGGCACUCAUCGGACGUUAGCUUUGAUGAGUGAAGCUUACUAUUGGCCACAGAUGCGGGAGGAUGUAGACUCGUUCGUGCGAACUUGCCUUGUAUGCCAACAAGACAAGACAUUGCAGAAGCAGCCGGGUGGGUUGCUAGAGCCACUUCCUGUUCCAGCCAGACCAUGGGAGAGUUUGUCCAUGGACUUCAUUGUGAGUCUAUCCAAGUCAGAAGGGUGUGGCUCAAUUUUGGUGGUGGUCGACAGGUUCACCAAGUAUGCUACCUUCAUCCCUGCACCAGUGGACUGCAAUGCAGAGGAAGCUGCACGCUUGUUUUUGAAGCAUGUGGUGAAGUAUUGGGGAAUUCCCACGAGUAUUAUCAGUGACCGCGACACUUGCUUUACUGGUAAACUUUGGACGGAGCUCUUCAGGCUACUUGGGUCACAGUUGAACUUCUCUACCAGCUUUCACCCACAGACAGAUGGUCAGACGGAAUGGGUGAAUGCAUUGUUGGAGCUAUACUUGAGGCACUAUGUGAGUGCCAACCAGCGAGAUUGGGCAAAGUUGUUGGAUGUUGCUCAGUUCUCAUACAACUUGCAGCGGUCAGAGCCAACAGGGUCAAGUCCUUUUGAGUUGGCAACAGGACAACAACCUAGGACACCGAACACAGUGGUGUCAGGCUACACGGGGAGUAGCCUAGCUGCAUACAAGACGGCCAAGGAGUGGCAGGUGACUAAUGAGCUGGCUCGAGCUCAAUUGGAGAAGGCAACUCGGAAGAUGAAGAAAUGGGCGGACAAGCAUAGGCGAGAUGUUGUGUUCCAACCAGGUGAUAUGGUCUUUGUGAAGCUCAACCCCUCUCAACACAAGUCCACUAGAAAGUUACACAAGGCAUUGUUGAGGAGAUAUGAUGGCCCAUUUCCUAUCAUCCGAUCAGUGGGAAGAGCUGCUUAUCGUGUGGAACUACCACCCCGAUUAAAGAUUCAUCCGGUGUUCCACAUGAGCAAUCUCAAGCCCUACCAUGCCGACCCCGAGGAGCCAAGUCGUGGAGAGUCUCAACAAGCUCUACCUUUGAUGGUGACUUCAUUUGACAAGGAGGUUGAGUGCAUCAUGGCCAAGCGAGAGGUGCGACUCAAGGGUGUACCGAGGUACUUUGAUUACUUCAUCAAAUGGAAGGGCCUGCCAGAGGCCGAAGGCAACUGGGAGAAAGAAGAGUCUUUGUGGAAGUACAAAGACAUCAUCAAAGCAUUCGAACGAGAAGGAUCUACCGCGGCGACGAGGACAUCACCGGAUUAG